AUAUUUCACACUGUUCUCAACUUGCUGAGUCGUUGUGUUGGGCCUGGUGAAGACCACAAUGACGCUACUCUGGAGAAGAAGCGUCAAAAGAGUAUCUUAACAUAUCAUGACAACUUACAUCAGUGCACCGUGGCCGCCAUGUCGAACCUGCUCAGCGCCAAUAUCGAUGCUGGUCUAACUCAUGCUAUUGGUCUUGGCUAUCAUGCCGACCUUGCUACAAGAGCGAUCUUCAUGGAAGUUUUAAUGAAAAUCCUCAAUCAAGGAACAGAAUUCGAUACGCUGGCGGAAACAGCCACUCGUGAUCGCUAUGAGCAGCUUGCAAACCUAAUGGCGACCAUGGGUGAAAAGGGAGAACUCCUAUUGGCUGUGGCGUUAGCCAAUGUCGUGCCGUCAAAUGAACAGGAUGAUUUAGCGCAGGUUUUGGUAACUUUAUUUGACGCGAUGAAUCUCUUGUACCAGUUUCUGUGGAAUAUACUCUCUCAAGAGGUCAGGAACUGCGAAGGUUACCACGUCCUGUUUCGAGGCAACACGCUGGCAACUAAAGUGACCACGUUCUGUUUCAAGAUCUUCGGUACCAACUACAUCCACUACCUCCUUGGUCCGCUCAUAAGACCUUUGCUUAAACAGGAAAAUCUUAACACCACAUUUGAACUCGAUCCAAGCAGGCUGGAAGAGGGAGAAAGUUUGGAGGAAAAUACCCAAAACGUAAUCAAUUUGGCUGAGAAAUUUCUUACCCAUUUUUAUGAAUCUCUCGACAAUUUUCCAAAUGCACUGAAGUUACUUUGUUACUGUCUAAAGAAGGUUGUUAGUCAAAGAUUUCGUCAGCACAAAGCCGAGGCUGUCGGCAGCGCCAUAUUCCUUCGUUUCAUCAAUCCUGCGAUAAAUUCCCCACAAAUGCUUGGUAUUGUGGAUCAUCCUCCUCCGGAAAAUAUUAGAAGAGGUCUGAUGUUUUUGUCCAAGAUUCUUCAAAGUUUGGCCAACAAUAUGUUGUUUACAAAAGAAAAACAUAUGGAACCUUUGAAUGGCUUUUUGAAGGAAAACCUCACCAAAACGCAGCAGUACUUCGAGAAAAUCUCGUUGCACCGUCCUUCGCUUAAACAGGAUGACAGAGAUGUUUAUUCAUUCGUCAGUGAUGCGAAUAUUCUCUCACUUCAUCGCAUGUUAUGGAGCAGUCAGGAAAAGAUCGGAUUAUACAUGGCUGCAAGGGGAGAAUUCAAAAUUUACGGCCGAGGGGUGUUUGAAAAGUUGACAACAUUGUUAGCUCGACUGGGACCGCCGGAUCCUCAGAGAUUGCAAAUUCAAAAGAAAUGGACAACUCAGGGAGGCUCGUCUGAUUUUGAGGAAUUCAUGGCACGUCACGCUGAUACAGGGGAGAGAGAUCUUGAGGAAAUCAAGAAUCUCAAGAUUUUCUAUCAGGAAGGGAGAUCAAAGAAUGGUAAUCCCGUGUUUUAUUUUAUUCCUCGACGAUUUAGAAAUGACAUAAUCAGCCCGGAUCGUUUAAUUUAUCACAUGCUGUUGAUGCUGAAAGCCUUACACGGUCAAGCCUGGGAACUGGUAUGUGACAUCACGCAGACAGCAAAGUCGAAUCAAAUGAAGGUUACAUCGUUAAAGAAUGGUAUAUCACUUCUCCCUGUCACAAAUCUUCAAACUGUUUAUGUUUACAACAUGAAUAGCGCCAUGAAGGAAUAUAUCAAAAUAAAUGAGAGGUUUUUUGCACCUUUUAAGCAUCAUAACCAAGUGAUAGUCAUCGACAAUCUGAGUAAAUUCAACGAUUACAUUUCACCGGAGGAAUUAGGAUUGCCAAGCUCGACUACAUCUUCAGAGAAGGAUUUAAAUAUUUUUAACGCCAUUAAAGUUCAUUAUAAAGUCUCAGUUUUUAUUAAGAUCGGGCCAAACUGCAUACAGAUUCAGACGUCAGAAAAACACAAAGUUUUGGGCUACAGUUUCUAUAUCAAGGAUAUAUUUUAUCCAAACGAAAUCGAAGAUGUCAUCUCUCAAAGUACUGACGAUAAUCUAUUUUGGAUGAAGUUUAAGACAGCCGCGGGAAUCUUGUACAUGAGCAACGAAUCCGAUCAAAUAGUCCAGGCCGUCACACACCUAAAGAAGCGAUGGUUAAUGUCUCAACAAAACCAAACGGCUGCAACAAAGAAAAUUCUUCCCAAAGAUGUACCCGGAACUCUGUUAAACAUGGCAUUGCUCAACCUUGGCACGAGAGAUCCAAGUUUACGUUUGGCUGCUUACAACUUACUCUGUGCUCUUACGACUGUUUUUCAUUUCAAAAUUGAGGAGCGACUCUUUGAAGGAACUGGAUUAUGUAUUCCUGCAAACAACACAAUAUUCAUUGUUGGUAUAUCCAGCAAUCUGGCGAGCAAGGAACCACAUCUCACCUUAGAGUUUCUACAAGAAUGCAUAUCAGGUUUUAAGAAAUCCAACCACGAGCUGAAACAUCUUUGCUUGGAGUAUAUGGCACCUUGGUUUCCAAAUUUAUCACGUUAUUGCAAGGAACUAAGUAAAGGAACAAAGCGUGCGCAAGUGAACGCAAUUCUUGAAGACUUAAUUGAACUGACCAUUGCUGAAAAAGGGGCCAUGUAUCCAUCAAUUCAAGCAAAAAUCUGGGGAAAUAUGGGAAAAGUCACGGAGUUAGUUGAUACCGUUCUAGAUAGUUUUAUUAAAGCCAGUACGGCAGGGGGACUGGGCUCAGUAAAGGCCGAAGUAAUGGCAGAUACCUCAGUUGCCUUGGCCACCGCUAACGUCAAUGUUGUGUCCAGCAAGUUCAUCAAUAGACUUUUGAUGUUGAUAAGAAAGACGUCGAUAACCCCAACACCGCGUCUUGAAGAACAUCUCAUGUGGGAGGACAUAGCGAUUUUAAGUCGAUAUCUUUUAAUGUUGUCAUUUAACGAUUCUCUCGAUGUUGCAAAUAAUCUACCUCACCUGUUUCACAUUAUCAUCAGUUUGGUAUGCAUGGGUCCCUUGUUCCUCAGAGCAACCGUUCACGGUAUUCUCAUCAAUGUUAUCCAGUCGCUGUCCACAUGUACAUCACUUGAGCUGCCAGAUGAAACGAAGCGUUUGUUGCGGCUUCGCAUGUCAGAGUUUUCUCUUCCUAAAUUUUAUCUUCUUUUUGGUAAGUCGAGAUAUCUUUGUGCGAAAAUUUUGACAGUUCGCGCAUUUCAGUCGUCAUACCGCGGCGGUAGACACAUGAUCAACCUGAGAGACUCGGAGAAAAUCCAUAUGACAUCCAUACAAACGAUUGCAAAUUCUCUUCUUGAAGUUGUUGAGGCAUGCAUGAAAGACAUUCCCAACUGUACGUGGCUGGAGACGUGGACGAAAUUGACAAUGGAAUUUGCUUUUCAAUACAACCCGCCACUCCAGGCCAGAGCUGUCAUCGUUUACGGCUGUGCUUGUAAAGAAAUUGAUGAUGCUCGAAUAAGAGAACUUCUACUUGUUUUUAUAAAGGCUCUGAAUGAUUUCAGUGAUGUUAGUCUUAUCGAGGGUGUCAUAAUGUGUUUCACUCGUCUCCUGACAAUCUUGGACAAAUCGUCGAGAUUCCACACGGCUUCGUUUUGGAUCGCUAUCGGUACUCUUCAACUGGCGGAAAACGGGCUUUACCCGGCUGGUCUAGCUUUGCUUGAACAGUCCUUGCUAACCCUGGAGUCGCAAGGUGCGUUCGAUAACGAGAGUGUUGACAAAGUCCUUCUGAAUUUCCGUAAAGAUCCAAGAAUGGAGUGGCAUUGCAAACAACUGGAUCAUAUCAUCGGCGUGGCCUUUGCGAACAAUUUUCAUUUUGCCCUUGUUGCUUAUCUGUUAAAAGGUUUACGUCAUGGCAGCUCAUCAACAAACACUCGAGCCAUCCGAAUUUUAAAUCUCAUGCUAAACAUCGCAGGAAAACAUCGAACAAAUCAUGUGAGAGAAAAAUUUGCUGUGUAUAAAGAAACAAUCCCUUAUCUUUCAGCGUUGUUAAUUGUCUCUGAUGAAAUCCGCGCUAAAUUACGUCCUGAUAGUUCUCUUCACGCCCGACCGAAAUCAAUCCCGAAGAGCCAGUCGUCAAUAACGCCACCAAAUUCAAUGCCUGUCAGUCCAGUUAUGAUAACGAUAGAAUCGCCCGUCUCUCCGGGACCUGCUCAAAUCUCCGAGGCUGAAACUGAAAUAUUUUUGUGGCCAGCUGGAGUUGAGAACCGAUUGCUGGAUCCGGGGGUGGUAAAUGACACGCAGACACAAGCUUUGUUGCUGACAACAUUGUCGACUUUAGUCCGACAUACAAAGGAUGAUGCUUUAGAGAAAUUUUUAUUUGAAGUCUUGGCGGAGGCAAGUCUCGUUUUUCCCAAAGUCUUUCCGGUUAUUUAUUCGUUGAUAAGCAGUAAGCUCGCGAUGGUCCUGGGUCACAGUCAGGAUGUUGGAUGUCUUCAAGCAGUCCAGACUAUCAUGCAGUCCACAAUUUCGCUAAACUUUGCCGAAAAGCAACUGGGAACAAACUUUUUGCAAGGAUUUGGAUUUGAUGGUUUUAGUCAAUUUGCUGGUCCAUUUUUUGACCAAGGGGAACUGCAGUAUGAAACUCGAGCGCAGAUCUUUGUUCGUUUCGCCGAAGGUGUUCUAGAGAGUUGUGGAGGGAUAUUGGACGACAGUUUAAGAGCCAGCUGUAUGUCUCUUGCUAAACCAGCUCCAGAGGUGGUGGAGCUUCCUCCGUUGCGUUCAAAGUCCUCCCUUUCAUCAUCGCUCACCUCGAUACCAGAUGAUCCUGCAUUGAAAGAAGACAUCUCCACGCCCACAAUGAAACGGAGUCUUUCGUCUCGAAGGAAGAGCACCAAGGAACGAAAAGAAAAGGACAGAAGCCGAAGCAAACGAUCUCUAACGCAACGUGUGGUGGAAAGAGAGUUAAAGAGGGCAUUGUCGCAUCGUAAUUCAGAUGUUUGAUACUUGGACCACUCAAUAUGGUGAUUAUAUCACAGUUAAAUAUUUUAGUGUUUUGAAUCUAAUGGGAAGUCUAAAGAUUUAUUAUCGAUUUUUUGUUACAAUUUGAAUUCAGUGAUUAAUGUACAGAAGAAGUUAACUGUGAGAGUGUGAGUAAUUUCACAAUAAUUUUCGAAUUUAGUAAAAUAUUAAUUCGGAAGACAUCACCGUUCCAAUAAUUCUAUUUUAACGCACCAAAGAAUAUACUAUAAUUUUUACGUAAUAUUCGUGGAGAAUUGUGAACAUCAAUUUUAUUCUA